CCGCCAGUAUAAAUAAACGAAGACGAUCGCGAACGACAGUACAUAUCGUGUACCUAAUAGUAUCGAGAGUAUUUUCUGAGUAUCUCACGAGCGUCUAUCAAGAUACGCGAUAAGCCUUUACAAGUAUUGAUUCCGCGAUUCUAUUGUGUGAUUUAUACUUCGUACCAACGACUCACGUUUACGGCUGUGUACUAAUCUAUCGAUUUAAAUAUAUUCGACGGUUGCAACAAGUAAUCUCGUCAUUAAUUCUCACGCACCUAUAUCCUCUUCACAUAACCUCUACACGCAUAAAAUAAUUUUAUCAUACUCAUGUCGAUUUGAACAUUGAUCAUAUUAUCGAUACCUGACAUACUCACAGUUUAAUUUUCUGACACUAGUUGGCAUAUCGAAAUUCUCCGCCAAUAUUAAAAUUAUAAAGCGAGAAGAUCUCCACAUAAGGGUGCCAGUAUGUCCAAGGUAACCUCAAAAACUACUCAGCCGGUUUGAUUAAUUUUCUCAUCGUUGGAAAGAUCGUCAUAUCCAAAUAGAAGUAAGCUAUGUUUUAUUGCGUUUGUUCCUCAGUGUAAAUAUCUUCGUCUGAAAUCGCACCUCUCGUUCAGUGGUGAGAUUUGUAUUAUUCGUCCUGCUUUAUCUUUUAAUUGCUGUAGUAAUAUUUGAAUUGCGCGCUUUCUGCACGCGUAUCCAUUCAAAAGAAAGGAGGAUAUCACCCCGCAGAAAGGUAUAGCUGUGCGAGAUCAGUCAGAGCAUCGUUCCGACACUCUUUGGAGAAACGUGAAGAGGUUGACAAGGGAAACCGGAGAAGUGCAAAAUGGAUGUCAUAAACAAUAUUCUCGGAGGAUUGCUAUCGCAAAAGACCGCAUCGGUGCUUUCGGCGUUCUUGAGUGUGUCGUUAUAUGUCACGUACUUGUUUGUUAAUUACUCCGCGACGAAUGUUCCUUCUAAAUUAUUAAUGCCGUCUUACGAUUUCAUAGUUGUAGGUGGCGGUACUGCGGGAGCUGUCUUGGCGAGUCGUUUGUCCGAGAUAGAAGACUGGAACGUACUCCUUUUGGAAGCAGGUGGCGAUGGAAGCGUUAUAUAUGAUGUUCCUCUUCUUGCCGCCAAUCUGCAGCUCACCGAGAUGGACUGGAAAUACACGACGGAACCCAGUCCAAAUUACUGUAGAGCGAUGGAGGGGGGUCGCUGCCGGUGGCCACGUGGCAAAGUGAUCGGAGGCAGCAGCACGAUAAAUUACAUGCUCUAUGUUCGUGGUAACAAAAAAGAUUACGACAUCUGGGAACAACUGGGCAAUCCAGGAUGGUCCUACAAGGACGUCCUGAGUUAUUUCAAAAAAUCGGAAGACAAUCGGAAUCAGAACUACAGCAAGACUACGUAUCAUUCGACAGGGGGUUACCUAACUGUCGAAGAAUCAAAAUGGCACACACCACUGGCUGAUGCGUUCCUUCGAGCAGGACGAGAAAUGGGUUACGAGAAUAGAGACCUUAAUGGAGAACGGCAGACUGGCUUUAUGUUUCCUCAGGGGACCAUUAGAUAUGGCAGCAGGUGUUCCACGGGGAAGGCCUUCCUGCGGCCGGCUAGCGCGCGUAAGAAUUUACACGUUGCUAUGCACGCACAUGUUACGAAAAUUUUAAUAGAUCCGUCGUCAAAGAGGGCUUACGGUGUACAGUUCUUUAGAGACGGAAGCACGUUGCGGGUCAAUACCAGCAAGGAGGUGAUAGUUUCCGCAGGAUCUAUCAACAGCCCUCAAUUGCUGAUGCUGUCUGGAAUAGGUCCUGAAGAACACUUAAAGGAACACGGGAUACCAGUGAUUCGGAAUUUAAGUGUGGGUCAUAAUCUUCAAGACCAUAUAAUUGUGACAAGCCUUAUAUUCUUGCUGAAUGAAGAAGUAUCGUUGGUAGAGAGCAGGUUGUACGAUAUUCGAUAUUUGCUGGAAUACGCCAUAUUCGGUGCCGGUCCUUUGUCAGAGCCAGGAGGUGUCGAAGGACUAGCUUUUAUCAAUACCAAAUACACGAAUGCCUCCGACGAUUUCCCAGACAUGCAACUGCAUUUUGCGCCAUUGGCUGAGAACACCGACGGCGGCAGAGUGUUUAGAUAUAUUUACGGUCUGAAUAGAGAACACUACGAUGCUGCAUUUGGGGAGUUUAUUAAUAAGGACGCAUGGACCGCGAUUCCCACGCUUAUAAGGCCGAAAAGUAGAGGGGUUAUCAAGCUUCGAAGCAACAAUCCCUUCGAUCACCCGUUGAUUUAUCCCAACUACUUCGAACGCCCGGAAGAUAUGGCGACAUUUAUAGAAGGAAUUAAGUUUGUGGUCGAGAUGAGUAAAACUGCAUCAUUUAGACGUUAUGGAAGCAAAUUUUUACCGAAAUCAUUUUCUAACUGCGCGAAUAUUUCUAUGUAUACCGAUCCAUACUGGGAGUGCAUGAUCAGAUCCUAUGCCACGACUCUAUAUCACCCAGUGGGUACUUGCAAGAUGGGGCCUAAUUCGGAUCCAACGGCUGUAGUAGACCCUCGGCUUCGAGUUUACGGAGUCACCGGACUUCGAGUCAUAGACGGCUCGAUUAUGCCAAUCAUAGUCAGUGGUAAUAUCAAUGCUCCGAUUAUCAUGAUCGCAGAGAAGGGUGCCGAUAUGGUAAAAGAGGAUUGGUUCAAGAAACGGAGUUUACAAUGAAUAAUUUUUUUGUAAUAUCUCAAAUAAGUGAGUAGUUUUUGAAAAUUAAUUUACAGCGACUGCUAUUGUUUAUUGCAUAAUAGAAACGUAUAAUUAUGAACUCGAAAUAUAUUUUCAUCGUAUAUUGCGAAUAGCGGAAUUCGCGUCAGAAUAUAGUCUGUUUAUCCGAACUUAUCGGGGAACAAACAGUUAGUAAAGCAGUGGUUCAACCAUUUUUCCUGUUACGUUCCUUUGAUGUUGAUAUAUUGCAUUGCAAUCGAAACGUAUAGUGUGAGAUAAGCAUAGCGUCGAUGAAGAAAAAUUGUUACAGACGUCGAGUACUAUAUUUCGUAAUUUCUUUCCUUCAUCCUGUGGAUAUGAUUUGUACAUACAUAUUUGAUAGAAUGCAGUCGACUUUCUGAAUAGCGCAACAAUGUGAAUUUACAAUAUCUGUAUGUAUGUUUAUUAUAGUGGUACAGACAAAGAAAGUCGAAGCAUCCUGUCUACUUUUAUAAAUAAUAAAUUACAGAAUGCUUUAGAAUAAAAUUAGAUAAGUACAAGAAUCGAAUUAUUUUUUACUAUAAUUCAAUUUAUGGUCAACUCUUACAUAGAUUAAACUUAUGGCUGAUGAAAAUACUGGCAGCAUUUUUGCUGACCUCAGAGAUUGUUGGUUCUUUUGUCACCUGCGUACAGACAGUUGGGCCAUAGACGUUACAAAAUUUCGGCAAUUCAACUAGUCGAAAAUGAAAAAUGAGGAAAUUACGUUGAAAACUUUGUUCAUCAAUUAUUAAGGCGUGUACACACUGUUGUCGAUCAUGCGCCAGCAACUACUGGAUCAUUGCUGUAUUUGAGCAAAUACGCACUUGGUUUCGGCGGACAACGAAACGCGCUGAAUCAAAUGGAAAUGUUGCUAGAACAGGUAAUUAAUUUUCCUGCAGACCAGAUAUGGUUUAACAUUAAUAUUAGUUACUCGUUAAUCAACAAGAUAGACCCAUCUUAAAUAUUCUAUAUUUUCGACUUCUUUUUUCGCGUAGAAUCACCCCCUUACCGCUUGUACCACCAGUUACCAACCACCCUGUAUAUCGGGCAUAUUACUCCUUUUUUCCAAUCUUCUGGUAUCUCCUCCCCAUUCCAUAUUUUCCUUAACAACUCCCAUAACGCCUCCCGCAUUUCCUUCGGAAGCACAAACAUAAAUUAUAUUUUCUAUAUUAAUUUUUAAUAUUAUAUCAAUUAUAAUUAAAUUAUAUAAAUCAUAUAUGAGCACGAAUAUAACCUCAGAAGGAGUAAAUCACUUUGAUUGGAAGCAUCUAUUUCAUGCAAAUUUUUAUUUUCAAUCAUAUCAGUAUCAUACUAAAGAAAUUACCAGCUGUCGACUGCAAAACUCUAUGGCAUUCCAUUAACAAACAAUGAAUUAAAAUUUGGCAACUCUGGAACAAUGUGCUAAAGCAUGUAAAUAUCUGUAACAGAAAAUCUAAAAAUGCCAGAUAUGCUUCAGUAUAUAAACAGUAUUUAAACAAUUUAAGAUCAUAUUCAAUGUCAUUAGCAGUGACGGAUUGAACUUCAUCUGCAACAACUUCCACAGCAAAUAUUCCACAUAAUGUUCAUCAUUUUCUUCAUAUUCAUUUGAUGCAUUCGGCGAAUACUAGCCAACUUACCUGUCCUCGAUGACUGAACUGCUUUUUGUCCAGCCAUGCCCAUCCAUUUUUCAGCUUCUUCGGGAACCUGUUACUUCUUUUCACUUCUUGAGAAAUAUGGAACAUUUCUUAAGCAAUUUCAGGCUCGAUACAGCGACGAUUUGUAUCGCGUGAAUAUUUUUCAGGUGCAUCAGUCAUAUGUAUAUGUGUAUAUUGAAUUACACAUGUUGAGGUUAACUGAUGAAGGAACGAAUGGAUUGUAACAGAAAACUAUAUUGAAAUAAGUAUAGUAUAAGUGUAAGUGUAAGUGUAAGUGUAAAUAUAAGUAUAAGAAUGAUAAGUGAGCAAAAUGCAGUACUCUGACAACAAACACAACAAAUUAUGGUUAUGCUACAACUACUUACAAACAUGUUAAGUAAAAGAUAGAAAUGGACACGCUGAAAGUAGCAGCUUAGAACUGCAAUGGUCUACAACAACGGACCCUCGAAAGUAAAACAUUUCUCUAUAACAAUAAUAUUGUGGGAAAAGUAUAUAAAAUAUGUAAACUAUUUUGUAUAAGUAUACAAGAAAUCGUCUCACGUGUUACCUAGCUCUUCAUCUAAAACGAAAGUCGAUUCUCUGCCUAUCUGCAAUUCUACGAGUUCCGAACAUGUUUUUAACGCGUUCCUAACCUCGACGAUCGACAUACCACGCAAUCUACGUCUACAAACUUGAAUGAUCUCGUCACCAAUUCGAAACAACUUCGAUUUGGCUGCUACUUCAUUUGCAUUCAUCUUCGAAAUCACGUUGGAAGAUACUAAGAAACCUUUCGACGUUCCACCGUUGUUUGUUCGCCUGUACAGUUCGCACGAUACUCUGUAAAUCCUACAAAACCUCAUCGCAACCAUCCGUGUUGUCCGCGCGCGUACCGCGGUUAAUUUGGGCGCUCCAAUUCUCACACACUGAUCCGCUCGUAUUAAAAUUAUGAGAUGGAUAGGACGUGACGGGUACCAAAGAAACACUCGGAAAUGUUUAAACAGUAUAUUUAUUAACAAUGCUCGCUUUCGACACUUUACGUAGAACUCGCGAUUACAAUUAACGAUUCACGCUUCUCGGUUACAACUCGAAUGAUACCGAUCGAGUUAAGAUAGUGAUUGAGCAGAGUACGUGCUAUAAGUUAAGAUGAUGACUGCUCAUGAUACGUCGAGGAACUGUGUUUUCUGUGACGAUGAUGCUGCGGAGGAAAACUGUGAUGGAUCUGUAUCUAAGGAUACGAGAUCAUUGGAUUCGUUAAGGAAAGUUUUCGUUAGGAAAGUGAGAGAAAUGGACGUCGCUGUUAAUUGGUUAAUCUACUAGGUUGGUAGGUAAGGAAGGAUGCUAACCGUCCUCGAGUAAGUUGCUAGCAAACAUCAUAUACAUAGUCAAAUUAGUCAGGAAUACAUUCAAGCAACCAUCGUUACAAUACAAACUAACAGCAAUUACUUCCAGAUGUCAGGAGUAUAUGCACCACCACGACACAAAGUGAUAUUACAAAAAUGGGAAGAGUAUUUUCAAUCCUUAGGUGACAAAUAUUAACUCAAAAAUUAACAUAUCUUGAGGUAGAACACUAAAAAUAUAUUAGAACUAGUAAUCUCAACAUAUUAUCCACAGGAAGACCCACAUACUGGUCGACAGAUCUAAACAAAAUACUUGAUUUGUUUGAUUUUUCAGUUAUAAGAGGUCUAAACAAAUUAAAAAUAACACCCAGUCUUGAGCUUAGUUGAUCAUACACUGAUAUUAAUAGAAUACAUAAGUAAGCCAAUACUUUACAGCAAUCCAGCUUUGCAAUAAAACCACCAAAAGGUAAACAUUUAAAGAACUAAUUGAGUGCAAAAUCAACUGCAGUAUUGUACUAAAAACACCCGAACACAUUGAACAGGCAAUAUCAUUGACAGAAAUUAUACAAGAAGCAGCAUGAGCAACUACUAAUUAUGAAUCAAACAACAAGUAAACAAAAAUAAUUCCAACAGACAACCUUGACAAAAUUAAAGCAAAAUGGCAAGAACAUAGAACAUCUGGCAAACAAAAAACAUCUAAACAAUCUCUCAAAGGAAAUAAAAAGUAAAAUAAAAGAUCAUAAUAAUAACGAAUUCUCAAAAUUGAUACAGUCUAUGGAAAUACACUUUAUGGAAAGACACAAACAAAAUAGAGAAACCAAUAAAAAUAAUCCCAGCAAUCAGAAAAACACAAAACAUAUGGGUCAAAAACAACGAAGAACAAGCUGGAGAAUUUUCCAGCCAUCUUUGUAACACAUUUACUCCAUAUAAUAGUAACAACAGUAAAACAAAAUGUCAUUCAGAUGAAGAUGCAUAAAAUACUAAUACUCCAACUAACAAACAUUACACCAUACCUAAUACAACACCACAAGAAAUUAGAAUCAUAAUUGUGAAAACAAAAAACAAUAAGGCACCAGAAAUUCUAAUCAAUGGUAAAAUCUUCCCCCAUAAACAAUACGUUUCAAUAUCCAAUACAAUUUUAAGAAUCCAAUACUUUCCUGAUCUACGGAAGUUAGCACAGAUCAUAAUGUUACCUAAACCAGCCAAAGGCCCACACCAAACUGUGUCUUACAGACCAAUAUCACUACUUCCUAUGUUUUCCAAAAUUCUACAGAAAAUAAUAUAUGAUCGUCAAAAACCAGCAAUAA